AUGAGAUCUUACGCUAACCCAGCUUAUCACCAGGGUUUGUUCUAUCUUAUAGGAGGGACUAGAAGUUUGUGCACAUUCGACCCUGUGGAAAGGGACGCCAAACUUCUGGACCUGCCUGGUAAUUGUGAUACUACUACAGCUGCGAUAACAGGGAACUAUUUGUUGGAAUGCAAUGGCAAGCUUCUAUCGGUGUACACGGGUCGAAUGGGGGAAUUCGUACGAGCGUUCGAGCUCAAUCGAGAAGCCGCGGCUUGGGAAGGACUCGACGAUCUGGAUGACACCAUGUUGUUCUUGAGCUCUGCAUCUUCGUUAUCGACUACAAGUAAAGGGGCGAGGAUUUGUGGCUUGGGAAACAAGGUGUUCUUCGAUAGGUUUCGCGAGAAGGAUAGCGUGUUUUACUCUCUCGCAACGAGAAAGUUUCAUAGCCUUUGGAGCCGAUACGAGAACAACGGUUGGUGCGACACCAAAGAAUAUGUGAAUUGCGCUUGGAUGGAACCGAACUUUGGAACGCACACGGAGGAGGAGCUUGUCUGGUUUGAUCCCGUGGAAGAAGAAGAAGAAGAAGAAGAAGAAAAAGAGGAGGAGGAGGAGCUUGCCUCCUUUCAUCCGGCCAUCGUGGAGGAAUGA